AUGGAGAAUUAUGGAUUAAAUGAAAUUGACAAAUUCGGUUUUAUCACCAAUUUAUCAAGAACUCUUUACAUUGGUAACUUAAAGGAAAAUAUUGAUGAUGAUACAUUAUUUAGAUAUUUUGGAGAAUUUGGACAAAUUAUUAGCAUUAAUAUUAAAAGAGUAGAAUAUGUUGGUGGUAGACCAAAUAUAUAUGCAUUCAUUAAAUACUUUGAUAGCAACAAUGUAAUUAUUGCCAUACUUAAAAUGAAUGGUGUAAAUAUAGAAGGUUGUCGUAUAAGUUUGGGUUUUGGAAAAACAUAUCCAUCAAAAUGUGUUUGGAUCACCGGUAUUAAUGAAUUAGGAGAUAAUAAUAAUCUUCUGCAGAUUUUUGUAACUGAAUUUGGCUCCAUUGAAAAUUAUUUGAUUGAUCGUAUAAAUAAACGCGCAUUAAUAUAUUUUAAAGAGUUUGUAGACUCAGAAGCAGCUAUUAAUAAAAUGAAGAAUCGUCUUAUAAAUGGUUUAUAUUUGCGUAGUGAUUAUGCAUCUAUUGAGUGUCAAAAAAAAUUUGCUGAAUUCUUCCAUAGGCCAAAUGAUAACAUAUAUUUAUCAACACCUCUGAAUAAUGUUCACAUUCAAAAUACAUCAAUUUCUAACGUUAAUAGACAAAUGCCAGCAGUAAGUCAUGUUGAGACGGAUAGUACAAGUAUUGCUUCCAAGGAAAUUACAUCAGAAAUUAUUCUGAUCUAUAGUAUUUGGGUUAAUGGUAUUGCAGAUUCAGUCACUAAUGAAUAUUUAGAAUCUCAUUUUAGUCAAUUUGGACCCAUUCAAAAAUGUUUAAUUGACCGAUCCAACAAAUGUGCUUUGUUGUGUUUCCAAGAGGAAUCACAUGCAAAGUAUGCUGCUUUUGUAAUGAAUGGCAGUUAUUUAGAAAAUGAAAAAAUCCAUGUCCAUCUAGCAUCUAAAUCUGCUAGUGACGUACCUAAUAUAAAUAAUGAUAAUGAAACUAUUCAACUAAAAGAUAACAUGGCUCAAUCAUCACCUUACAAUACACGUCAUGUGGAUCUUUCUGGCAAAUCUGCAAUUAAUGAUGAAACUGACCCAAUAAACAUCAUUUAUUUAAAUGAGUAUCAUUUACCAACAUCAACCCCAACUCUCAAUACCAUACGUAAUAACUGA